AGAGAGCAGAGAACAGACAUUCACAGAGACACUCUUGUGACUGAUCAUGAAUCAGGUGUGCUGGAACUAAAUCCAUCAGACUCAGAUGUCAGAGGAGAAAUCGUGGAUUUGCGGGGAUAUGCGCGUGCAUGAGGAUUCGUACCGUUGGGUAUUGAGGGCACGAGCAUGAGGAACGGACGGGCUCUGUCCGAUCAAUGGGCCGACAGCGUGGUGGUCCGGCCCCGCACGACCGAACAGCACAUCACGGUGCACAAGAGACUCGUGUUGGGCUUCGCCAUCUCCAUCCUCACACUCAUCAUCGUCAUGGCCAUCGCCAUCACGCUCAGCUUGAGCUUCCAGAGAUGCGCUGGGGACAGCAGCGGGGUUCAAGCCGCAAACGGCUCCAGUAACAGUAAAGUGAAACAGUCCCGGGACAGGAACAGCAGCAGAUACUCAGAGGACGCCCAGCAGCCCUGGAGACAUGUGCGCUUACCGGCCACCCUGCGCCCUCGCCACUACGACCUCCAACUGUCCGUGUACAUGGAGAACUUCACCUUCUCCGGUGAGGUGAAUAUUGAGUUUGAAUGCGUCCGCGCCACUAAGUUGAUCGUGCUGCACACGGACAGGUUGGAGAUGGAGAAAGUGCUGGUGUAUUCCGACAGUAAGAAAGCUGCAGGCGCCAUGAGGAUCCAGCGACGCUUCCACUAUCAGCCCAAGCAGGUGUAUGUGAUCGUGCUGCACAGAGAGAUGAAGCCCCUCAGAACAUACAAGAUCAACAUCACUUUUCAUGCGCCCAUUCAACAUGAACUCUUGGGAUUUUUCCGCAGCUCAUACAUGUUGCAUGGACAGAGAAGGUAUCUUUCUGUGACACAGUUCUCACCGACUCAUGCCAGAAAGGCGUUCCCAUGUUUCGAUGAGCCCAUCUAUAAAGCCACAUUCAAAGUGAAUUUGAAACAUGAGAGCUCGUAUCAGUCCCUGUCCAACAUGCCAGUGGAGUCCUCAACAUCUUACAAGGACGGGUGGGUGACAAACCAUUUCUUCAGGACACCCCGCAUGUCCACAUAUUACCUGGCCUGGGCUGUGUGCAACUUCACCUACAUAGAAGCAGUCACGGAUAAUGGAGUUGUGAUUCGUCUAUACGCCAGACCUGAUGCAAUCCAAAGCGGAUCGGGAGACUACGCUCUUCACAUCACCAAGAGACUCCUUCAGUUCUACCAGGAUUACUUCAAAGUCAAAUAUUCCCUCCCCAAAUUAGAUCUGCUGGCCGUGCCGAAGCAUCCGUAUGCAGCCAUGGAGAACUGGGGUCUGAGUGUGUUUGUGGAGCAGAAGAUCUUGCUGGAUCCUGACGUCUCUUCCUCCUCCUAUCAGAUGGAGCUCACCAUGGUGGUGGUGCAUGAGAUCUGUCACCAGUGGUUUGGAGAUCUCGUCACUCCAGUUUGGUGGGAGGACGUUUGGCUGAAGGAGGGAUUUGCUCAUUUCUUUGAGUACAUUGGAACUGAUUUCCUCUUUCCAAAGUGGAACAUGGAGAAGCAGAGGUUUCUCACUGAUGUUCUUCAUGAGGUGAUGUUAUUGGAUGGUUUGGCGAGUUCUCAUCCAAUCUCUCAACAAGUGUUUGAAGCCACAGACAUCGACAGAGUGUUUGACUGGAUCGCAUAUAAGAAGGGAGCCGCUCUUAUCCGUAUGCUGGCUAACGUCAUGGGACAGCCGCUAUUCCAGAGAGGACUCAAUGAUUACUUGAUGACGCACAUGUACGGGAACGCAGCGAGAGAUGACCUGUGGAACAAAAUGUCUGAGGUCAUGCAGAGGGAGGGGAAAGAUAUCAACAUCACGUUGCUCAUGGACCACUGGACUCUGCAGAUGGGAUAUCCUGUCGUCACCAUCAGUAAGAACAACAGCCUUAACAACAUCAUCUCCAUCUCCCAAGAGCACUUUGUCUAUGACACAGAUGCCAAGAGCCGCCAUCCUGAGCUGUUUAACAAAAGCCUUCAGUGGCAAAUUCCCCUGACGCUCACAGUGGGAAACUCCAGUCACAUAUCAACAGAGACAAUCAUCUGGCUCUCCAAUACAACAGAGAUGCACAGAGUGAGUCACAUGGACGAGGAGACAUGGUUGCUGGGCAACAUCAAUCAAACCGGCUACUUUAGAGUAAACUACAACCUCCACAACUGGAGACUUCUAAUUCAACAGCUGAUGACCAACCCAACGAUCAUCUCCGUGGGCAACAGGGCUGGUCUGAUCGAUGAUGUCUUCAAUCUGGCGAGAGCAGGGUAUCUGCCUCAAAACGUCCCCCUGCAGAUAAUCUCAUACUUGUCUCAGGAGAGUGAGUUUCUGCCGUGGCACGCUGCUAGUCGAGCUCUUUACCAGCUGGACAAACUCCUGGACCGCACCGAAGACCACAGUCUGUUUAGUGACUAUGUGCUAAAACAGGUGGCACCAAAGUAUCACAAGAUGGGCUGGCCAUCCACUUCCUCUGACAGCUCCUUCGUCCUGGUUGCUUAUCAGACCGAAGAGCUGCAGAGAGAGCUGAUCAUGCUGGCCUGCAGUUUUGGAAACAAACACUGUCACCGGCAAGCUGUGUCUCUCAUUUCAGACUGGAUUUCCAGCAACAAGAACAGGAUUCCACCCAACAUGCGGGACAUUGUGUACUGCACAGGUGUGUCUCUGAUGGACGAGGACGUGUGGGAGUUUAUAUGGAUGAAGUUCCACUCCUCCACUGUUGUCUCUGAGAAGAAGGUUCUUCUGGAAGCCUUGACCUGCAGUGACAACAUAUUCCUGCUCAACAGACUACUGAAUCUGUCCCUGACCUCCGACCUGGUGCCGGAUCAAGAUGUGAUUGAUGUCAUCAUACAUGUGGCCCGCAAUCCAAUCGGAAGACAUUUAGCAUGGAUGUAUUUCAGAGAGAAGUGGGACAUAUUGAAUUCCAGGUAUGGUGAAGCCUUAUUUAUGAACUCCAAAUUAAUCAGCGGUGUGACAGAGUUUCUCAACACUGAGGCCGAGAUGACUGAGCUGAAAGAGUUUAUCCUGACCAGUGGAGGAAGGGGAGCACCUGCGUUCACUCGAGCUGUUGAGAUUGUUCAAGCUAAUGUAAAAUGGCACAUGCUGUACGAGCAACAGUUUUACCAAUGGCUGCGGAAAGCUCCUGACGGUUAACGCAACAUCAAGCAUGGAAAACUUUAUAAGCAUGGAAGCUCAAUCAGACAUUAAGAGGCCAGUGAUCUUUGACAGUGAAACCUGAGCAUUAUUAAAAAAAAAAAAAAUCAUACAUUUCUAGACUGUGAGAAUCUGAAAAAAGUUACAUUAUAUUUCCCAGCAGAGAAUCCCAGAGAACAACAGUGCCGCCCUGCUGCCCAUCACCUUUAAUGAUCUCACUGUAUUCACUCUCUAAAGGCUGCUGCUGUCCUGAGAGCAAAGACUCUUAAAAUCUCAAUUUAAGUGAUAGGCUCCUCUUUGCUUAUCUUGCACAAUUCAACUUUUUGUUAUUGACUCUUAUAUUUUGUAUAUAAUAUAAAAUGUGGCCAUAUCUACCAUCAUCAAACAAUCAAUUAAAGAUGACUGCAGGGAAAGAGUUUAUCUGUCAUUUGAGAUGACAGGCACUAUGUGGAAGAAGAAUGAACCCAGUUAUAAUGGACAAACACAUUCUUGAUGUGACUGAUCAAAGGUUAAUAAUAGUAAUUGAAGAAUUCUUAAAGUUGCCUAUAUCUCUGCUUUCUAAGGUCAAUAAGGGAUUGCUAUAAUAGUGAGAGAUGAAGAUUAUAUGUUGAAGGCAACGUGUAUAUACAUGCAUGUUAUACAAUGUGUAUAUGUAUUUAUACAGUUAUAUAACAUAUAUGGGUCAAUGACAAAUAAGGAUGGUCAGAGCUUAAUCUUACAUAAUAAAAAGAAAAAAAGAAAAGAAAACAAAAAUCAUUUUCAACAAACAUGUUAAUGACUCUAAAAUGUUUGCUAUGUCCAUCAAGUAUGAGGCAAUUUAACUUCCCUUAUAUCUUGAUUACACUUGAGUGUACACAUUUUUACCGAUAUUUAAAGUUUUCAAACAUGUUUUAUUUUUAUUUUAUUUUUUAUUUUUUUUAGGUAAAUAACUAACCUAGCUAUAAAAUAUUACAUUAUAUUAUACUUCACAUAUAAGAGACAUAAGCUGAGUUCGGAACGUCAUUCUACCGUACUACUCAUAUUAUUUAUGCCAUAUAGUUAUGACAGGAAUAGUAAGAGGAAUAUGGUUUUAUACCAUUUUGACCUUGAUAGACAGUCAUAUGGUUCAUUUCCUGUUUUAUGGAUGUCUUGUCACAUGACAAAAACAUGGCUUCCUUCAUGUUGUUACACCAAACCAUCUUUGAUUUGGCUGAUAUUAAUAAGAUAAAAAAUAAUCUUUAUGAUUAUUCCAAAUUACUUUUUUCCCCCUUCAUAAAUAUCUCAGGAUGGUUACACCACUAGACAUGUUUGACUUUAAGCCCCACAAAAAUGUCAAAAUUAAUUUUAAAUUGAAAACACUUUUAUCAUAGAAUAUAUGUAUUCAUUGUGUGUAUGAAAUGCAUUUUUAAUGUCUUUUAAAUAAAUAAAUUGAUUUGGACACAAACAAAAUAAAUAAAUAAAAUGAGCAUCACAUCAUUAUCCCAUAUUCUGUACACUUUUCCAACUCUUCUGCCAAAACCUACUACUUCCAAAGUAGUUUUCAUUUGUAUUUACAUUUAAAUAUAUGUUGGUUCAGAUCCUUUGUCAAACCAGUAACCUAAAU